ACAUUUGUAAAAGGAAUGCUAGCGAAGCAAGUGGUACAUUUUUGGAGGCCCUUUUGAUUGGGGGUCCUAAAUUUCAGUUCUCGGUAAUAUUAAAUAUCCCUAUCUGACGCUGUACCUAUGUCAUGAGUUUGGAUGGUUUAUAAUAUAUUUUGUUGAAGUUGGUUUUAUUGAUUUUGAUUAUUUGCGUGGACAUUUUUAUACGUCGCCCAAUGAAAAUCCCUUAAAAUAUUUACUAUGUACUACGUAGGUAUAUCUUUUUCCCAUCAGUAAUUCUGGAUGAAUACAUUUAAUUUAAGGCAUUAAUUUAAUCCAGUGGCGUGUCGAGAUAAAAAUGUUUUUGAUGCCAAUUGCAAAGUCUAGAUUACCACCCACCCACCCAUAUUUAAAUUCAUCUCAUUCAGAACUCAUACAUCAAUAUUUCUCUACCUAAAUAUAUAGGUACGAUAAUUAUGUGAUUUACAUAUUAUUAUCCAACAACCACCCACCCCUUUUUAACUUGAUGCCUGGGUAUCAUUUAGACCUAUAUUCGGCACGCCACUGAUUUAAUCUACAGCUUAACAGUAAAAAAAUUAAAAAUACUGACGAAAAGCGAAAAAAAUUUAUAUUCACUCUUUCGAGUGUUCGUUCGAGUGUGUUGAUAUCGAUGUUAUCUUUGGCGAGGAAUUACGACCACGAUACUAACAAUAUCAAGUUCACUGAUAAGUUUCUCGCUCAUUUCUAUCCGUUGUUAGGUUCAAGAAUUUCCACCGGCGUUACAGUUUGUUUACAAUAACGAUAGUGAUCUUGAGGAUUUUAAAAAUGAAAACAUUUUUUCGAUUUAUACUGUGCAUCAUAGCCCUAAUAAUCUAUUGCGAAUACGUUAUAUACUACCUAGUGUUGAUACAAUGCAAUUGGCCUUCAUAUAACAACACAAAAUCAGAACAACCUGUUAAAGUAAUGUUUGUAGCUGAUACACAUUUACUUGGUAAAAGAAAAGGACAUUGGCUUGAUAAAAUGAGACGCGAAUGGGAGAUGAGUCGUGCUUUUCAAACUGCUAUAAAGAUACAUAAACCAGAGCUUAUUUUUAUCUUAGGAGAUUUAUUUGAUGAAGGAUUAUGGAGCAGUGAAGCAGAUUUUAAUUCUUAUGUCAAAACAUUUAAAUAUUUAUUUUCAGUCCCACAAGGAAUAGAAUUAUAUGCUGUAGUUGGUAAUCAUGAUAUUGGAUUUCAUUAUAGUAUAAUUCCACAACUUGAAAAGAGAUUUAAUAAUGCAUUUAAUUCUAGUUCUGUACAACUGAUAAGUAAACGUAAUGUACAUUUUGUAUUAAUAAACAGUAUGGCUAUGGAAAUGGAUGGAUGUUUUUUAUGUUAUACUGCAAAAUUAAAACUAAAACAAAUUUCCAACCAGUUAAAAUGUAUUGAAAAGGGAAUUGCGUGUUCAAAAAACAUGAUGCUCGAUGGAAGUUACAGUAAACCAAUAUUGUUACAACACUUUCCUUUGUACAGAAAAAAUGAUAUCGCUUGCAACGAAUUGGACUCGGCCCCGAUAAAAGAAAAAGAAACACCAUUUCGUGAAGGUUGGGAUUGUCUACGGAAAGAUGCAACAGAAAUGUUGUUGAAAAUUAUAAAACCUCGCGUGGUGUUUGGUGGUCAUACACAUCACGGGUGCCAUUUGAAACAUGAAAAUGGAAUACAUGAAUAUAGUAUUUCUUCAUUUAAUUGGAGAAAUAAAUAUAAUCCUAGUUAUAUGCUUGCAUUAUUUACAGCAGACACUUAUUCCGUUGAAACUUGCCACAUGCCUCGAGAAUAUACUAUUUUCCUUAUUUACUUAAUUAUGAUUAUAGUUAUGCUAUUUAAAUUAUUAAAAAAUGAAAUAAAAAUUGCACGCAUAAAUAUUUUACGAUUUAUUAACCAUAAGUUUAAAUUAAAAUAUUUCACAACAAAAAAUUAA